AUGGCCAACAACGGCGUCAACGCAGUCGAGAUGGCGACUAUCGCCGGGGCUCCAAAAGCUACCAAAACAUCCGUUGCUGCAACUUCGAGGACGGUCACCCCAAGCCCAAACAUGCUGAAGAACGAAGAGCCACCGAUUGGAUCGUGGCUCUGUGCUAAUGGCAAAUAUCGCGACUAUAUCGAGGCCUUGAGCGGGUCCAAUCCUGGCCUGAAGAAGGCCGAUCCAAACAACAAGGAUGAGCCACUGAAAUAUGGCAACGCGCUCGUCGCGCUUUUAGACGCUCCUCCUACUGGGGCAUCUGGUUUCACAACGACUGAAUUCAGAGGCGAGAAAGAGCUUGUUAAGCACUUUGAAUCCGCGGGGCACAACCACAACCGUCGGCGCAUUUAUAUCAUGGAGGGUCUAGCACCUGAUUUUGUCGCAGCCGUCGGCGGUCACUUUUUCAUGGAUCCUUCAUUCUUCCAGCGGCAAGAGAGGACAUGUGUCUGGAGCAACGACUUUACACCAGUGAGCGAUGCAUUACCCCAACCCAGCUUGCUAGACCCGCAGCAGGCUUUUCAGCUCCAGUAUUGCGAGUUACGGCAAUUCAACAAAGCGCUUGAAAAUCGCUAUUUCUUCUGCAAGCGGACGAGACGGCAUGUGGGCAUGACAGCAUCCCGCCAAAAAGAGAAUAGCACGAUCGGGAUACUAAGGCGUAAAGUCGGGUGGUGGUCCCGCAAGACCGAGAAUGGCGGUUGGGAUGUGGUUAUAUUGUGUGAUCCCCAGCUGGUUGACCUACACCCUCCGCCCAAAGAAGUCAAUCCCGAUGACAACACGCUACGUGAAAUCGACAAAGGCGACGUACUUGAGAACGCACCCUUUCAGGAAGGCUAUGUUGACUUCAUUCCACCCGUCCCUCAUCAUCAGAUACAUACCAAGACUAAACAUCCGCAUAAGUCAAUGCUGCACGACCUCCUCCACUACUAUCAGCAACAUUUUGAUCUGUUUUCCGAGGACGAGUGGGCCACGCCCAGUACAUCAGCAAUCUUCCUAAAGAAGGUAGUCGCCGCGCACUACCUUCAGCUUGUUGACUACAUCAAGGCCAUGCUACCUUCGCUGGAGCUUCGGCUUACUACUGCUUGGGUUGAGGAACAGGGUCAAUGGAAAAGCUUGCAGACUAUCUCGCGACGGUGCGGCAACUAUCGCGACGAUCUCGAAGAUGCAUUACUCAGUCUCGACUAUUCGCUAGAUGGGCAGAUCAACAAGUCCGUCAGGUUGCAUUCGCACACGUGGAAAGACUGCGAGAAGGACUUCCAAUACGUCUACUUCCGUCUCAAGAUCCUUAAGGAACGGGCCGAUAAUUUGAUACAAGCCAUGACUGGACUGGCAUCGAUCGCGGGUAAUCGCCAGAACUUGGAGGAGGCCAAGCGCGUGAAACGACUCAACCUUCUCGCCCUUCUGUUCAUUCCCUUGGCAUACACAAGUAGCUUGUUCAGUAUGCAAGACAACUACGCACCGAUUCCUCCUGAACCUGCACUGUUCAAGGCCAUCUUCUUCAACGCCAGAAAGGCCGCGCCCGAGUGGGUGUGGGUGAGGAUGACAUCGCAGCCCGGCGACGAAGGCUUUGCUCUUCAAUACUAUCUAAUGCCAGAUGAUCAGAGCAAGGGACUCGUCGGCUGCGGCAACUCAUCCUACAAUUGCGUUUUGAAACGCUCGCAUGAUACUAUCCACAUGCUUGGCUGCCUUGAAGCCUGCCCAGCAUUACCGGAUCAACUAUGCUUGACUGGCGUCCCAAACAAGAGCAUGGCUAACAUCGCACCCGAGCUGCUGCAAUGUUGCAAAGGCAACAUACUCUUCAUCGGCCAUCACGCACAUCUCGACAUGACCAGUUUCCGGCAUAUCAUCGACAUGAUGUAUAUGGAGUACGACAAAUCACUCCGCCAACUUGGAGACAAUAGAAAAGGCUACAUCCCUGGUGUCCGUAUCAACUGCAUCGGCGAUCGACUAAGUAGUGAUCGCCCAUCACUUGAGGCUUGCAAAGUCACCGACGGCUUCUACGAAAAGGACGAGAAUCUUCUCAUGUGGAUUGCGUCCAAGCUCGGUAUCGAUCUUUUUGCUCGCACUAUACCCCCAGCGCUACCCUGGAGAAAUCGGAGCGGCGGUUACAAAGGCUUGCAUCAUGCCUGGAACUUCGGCUUCGUACAACUCAACCCUGCUGAGUGGUCAGCUAGCCUGGGUAGUGUUUACGUCGCGAGGAAGGACAAGAGGCCAUUGCUUGUCGCUCACAUUGCGGCUCUGAUGGCAUAUCUAUACUCCAUCGGCAGUGAACAAGUUCAAGAGAUUCUAGACAGCAAGGAGUCGUGGAACCUGGCCUCCAAAUUCGACGAGGCUUUCGAGAUGCACAAUGACCUGUUACUCCACAGAGCUUCCAAAGAGAAUUUUGAGCGGUUUUGGACGAAGUGGAUGGAAAAAGAAGGGCGAAAGAAGUAUGGGGAUGUCUCUUCACCAUAUGCGGUCUAG